AUCGCUCUAUCACAUACCGCUUCCCGGCAGAAUUCAGCUGCUGACACAGACAGAGAUGGCAUACAGCCAUUCCUCCUUGACACCAUCAACAUCGAGAUCCCACACGGGUCAUUGGCAAUCAUUGUUGGCCCAGUGGGUAGUGGAAAGAGCUCAUUGAUGAAUGCGCUAGUCGGCGAAAUGAAGCGCAUCUCAGGAAGCUUGGAUGUUGGCGGCACACUCAGUUACGCUGCGCAGGCUCCAUGGAUCAUGAACGCCACGAUUCGGGACAACAUCACAUUUGGCCUCCCAUACGACGAAGAAAAGUAUUUGAAUGUCAUUGAGGCAUGUGCCCUCGAUAUCGACCUGGCAGAACUUCCGGAACGCGAUCUUACAGAAAUUGGCGAGCGCGGCGUAACACUGUCUGGCGGGCAGAAGCAACGAGUCAGCAUUGCCAGGGCUGCAUAUGCUGAUAGCGAUAUCGUGCUGCUAGACGAUUCCUUGUCCGCAGUCGACGUCAGUGUGUCGCACGCUAUUUUCAAGUACUGCAUCCAGGGGUACUUGAAAGGUCGAACUCGGGUGCUAGUUACGCACUGUCUGGACUAUCUCCCCAUGGCUGACCUGGUUGUCACUAUAAAUAGCGGCCGAGUUGUUGAGCAAGGUUCGUUUGCCAAUCUGCUGUCACUGGGCGGUCAUUACGUCGACCAUGUACAACUCUUAUCUGAGCUCACGAAUGGACAACGAUGGAGAGUGCGAACAUACCCAGAUGCGAGGGCAUGCUACGUACUCAGUCUGGCAGCUCGCUACAUACUGCGUCUCUAAUCAAGACUGCGCCAUGGGCGACUGAAAACCAGAUAGAUUCAACCAUCUGCAUCUGACCAGCACACCGGUGGAUCCGCGACAAGCACAUUCGAUACUCGUAGCAGCUCCUCACGGAAUGAUUCUGGCCCAGGGGUGGAUCCGAGCCCUGAGAGUUCAGGCGAGUACUCUGGUGACAUCAUGCUCAAAG